AUGGUUCUUUAUCAUACUAUACUGUGUACGUUGUUAUUUUAUGUCAACUGUGAUGACAGUCUUGAAAAGAGGAUUCUUAUGAGUGACCCCGACUACAUCAAUCAACAGAUGACCCACCUCCAGGGAGAACUACAGUCCCUUCAAGCCAAGGUACAGUCACAGGAAGCUAAGCUUCAGACACAAUCUGCUGAACUACAUACUCUACAAAACCUACAGUCCACGGUACAGGCACAGACGAAUGAAAUAUCCUCCCUGAAACAGCAACUCGUACAGGCAAAUUCUGAUGGCGGUGGGUCGACUUUUGUCCGCUGGGGACGAAUGGACUGUCCUGCCAACCUGACGGAGCUCGUGUAUUCUGGUUAUGCAGGCGGUUCUUACAGUGGCCAUUCUGGAGCUGCAGCUGAUCCUCUUUGCCUGCCACCUGACCCACAGUGGUUAGACACAACAGUUGUACCAGACACCUACACCGGACAUAUUUAUGGGGCAGAGUACGAAUCGGUUAAUGCUAACACGCUGUUCGGCCCAAAAUCACACGACGAAGAAGUUCCGUGUGCGGUCUGUAGAUCUACGUCCUUUGUCUCCUCUGUGAUGAUACCGGCGAGGACGACAUGCUACAGCGGCUGGACAAAGGCGUACGGCGGGUCACUAUCGUCAGGUUACUACGCUCAAACUGCUACUUCUCAGUAUGUUUGUGUAGAUGAGCAUGCGCAGCCUGUCGUUGGAGGAGCAGAUAGAAACGAUAUUGGUGUAUUAUUUUAUGGCGUCAAGGCGUUUUGUGGCUCCCUGCGAUGUCCACCAUACGAGCCAGAUAAAUUUAUAGCUUGUGUAGUCUGCAUGAAAUAAAUCUCACUAGAAUAAAGUGUUGAACUCCGACGUUUCUUAUACAAUCAACACUUUUCCACUGUUUGUACGUAGAAUGCGGCUUUUUGAUUGGUUGAAGUAUGAAAAAAUCCGAAAAUUGCGCGAAAGAUUUAACGUCACAAUACGGCCAUUGACGUUGCAUUUUGAUUUGUGAAAAAAAAUCUUAUUAGAUCAAUACAAAUGUACAUAAAACAUGUAUUCAUUAUAAAAAUCAAUUU